AUGGCAAACUAUCUUAUUUUCCUUGUCGCCGUGGUCGCCGCCCUCGGCGGUAUGAUCUAUGGAUUUGACUCUGGGAUCGUCGCCACAACUUUGGGACAUGACACCUUCAAGGUGUACAUGUAUGGUCCAUCUAUGUCGAAUCCGGCCUUGUCUGGCAAGUCGUCUUGUGCUAUUGUCUCGGUCUAUAAUGCCGGUCAGUCGGUGGGAGGCCUCUCGACAGGCUUCAUGGCAGACAAAAUCAGUCGGAAGUAUACGAUAUUCGUGGCAGCCUUUUUGACCGUUGUGGGUGCCAUUCUUCAAUGUGCUGCCGUCAACGUCGGCAUGAUGAUUGCCGGGCGUCUGAUUGCCGGGAUGGGCUGCGGCCAGAUUCUCAGUAUUGUGCCCAUCUAUCUCGCCGAGGUCUCUCCGCCGAAAACUCGAGGCUUUCUCGUGGGUCUGCAGGGAAUGCUGAUCUCAAUUGGCUUUGCACUUGCCAAUUGGGUUGGAUACGCUGGUUCCUUUGCUUCGGGUGAUGCCCAGUGGCGCAUCCCACUGGCCAUGCAGCUUCCAGUCCCUGUCUUCCUUAUGGGCGCCAUCUUCUUCAUCCCAUUCACCCCGCGCUGGCUCGUCCAGCAAGAUCGAGCAGACGAAGCAAGACAGGUUCUGCAGAGGCUCCACGGCGGUGAUAGCAACUAUUUGGCAAACCAAGAACUCGUCCAGAUCAGAGAACAAAUAAAUCUCGAACGAGCACAAGGAAACAUGAACUGGCUGGUUGCCCUAUCCAAGAUGUUCUCCAGGCAGUAUGUUCGACGAACGCUCACAGCGGCUUUUAUUAUUGCCAUGGGUCAGUUGAGUGGUUCGUCAGUCAUCCAGAACUUUCAAAACAUCUUCUAUGCCGCAGUGGGUUUCACCGGGAAGACAUCUCUCCUUAUUAGCGGUGCCUACGGGAUGAUGGGAGUCAUUGGCCAGGUCAUCUACCUUACAGUUGUUGCUGACCGAUGGCCGCGCACAACGACCUUAUGGUCCGGAUCCCUUGUUUUGUCCUGCAUGAUCAGCAUCUGCAUGGCACUGAGUUCCCAGUAUGGCUCGACAUCGAACGAGAAUCAAACAGGUGCUCGAGCCGCCAUCGCCUUCAUCUUCUUAUACUCAAUGUCGUACGCCAUCUUCUUCAACUCAAUGGCAUGUCUCACUGAGAUCCCUCUUCCUGCUGUAUUCCGAGAUGAGACACUAACACCCGUGCUCCAGAUCUGGGUAGUCCCUAGCGAGCUCUUUCCUUUCUUCCUCCGAUCCAAAGGGUUGGCGUUCGCCGUGUUUGUCAAAGCUGUUGUGGCUAUUGUCCUCUCACAGAUCACCCCCAUUGCUCUUGCCCAUGUCGGCUGGAGGUCAGAAUAUCACCCUAUCCCGCUUCAACAUCGCGAUGAACUAACGUUUUAUGUACAGUCGGGCAAAUCCAUAGAGGAGAUUGCAGAGCUCUUUGGAGACACCCUCGCCACGAAUCAUAUCGGCGAAAUUGAUGUUGAUGCUAAGGCGGCCGCGCCUUCGACUGUUGAACAUGUAGAAGAGUACGAUCUAGAAGAGAGCGCUCGGAAGGGUUGA